GAUUACUUGUGCUUGUGCCGCUGGUGACGUUGGACCCUAAGCGAACUCCUAUUUGAAGCCUCGUUCGGAUACCAAGAUCCUUGUAGCGGGAAUUCAUUGGAGGAACGCCUGUGCUCGGUCCCACCGGACUAUUCUACAGCUGUCCUCUUGUCAUGUGGAGAUAACGUCGUCCAAAAUAGCACGGUGGCCGUUGGAGUCGCCAAACAACUUUGACAUCACGAGAUGUCCUCUGCGAGCCCCCGGAAGUCGAUUGACAGCCUAGCUUCAGGUGCAUCCACACCUUCGUUAUCUCAGUAUUCUCUCAAUCAGCUCGAGUCUCCCCGCGUUCCGCCCCAGAGGUACCCCCUGAGACGAGGGUCGACGGCAAGCUCGAUCGUUAGCAUUGGAGGAAUUCUCGACUCUUCCGGUCGCCAUGGGUCAAUAGCAGAGUCAGGUCAAAAUGCCAUCUCUACUCUCCUACAACCUCCGAUUGUUCGCACUGGUCUUGUUCCCCACACUGCUGCACCGUCUAGUGGGUAUAGGCCUCCGAGUUCCCGCGACAUUCCUCCGGUUACGUUGACAAAUAUACCUCGUGUGGAGGCUAAGGUCUUCGAGCCGUACUUAUCUCAGGUUGGAUCGCUGUAUGAUGUAUUCCAGCAGGCAAAAGAAAGCGCCGGAGAUCAAGAGUCGCAGCUGGCGCGAGAAGGAGGAAAGACUACGCCCAACUCACCCAAAUCGGAGGAGAAUGAAUUUCUGUCGUCACAAUGGUCUACGGAGCGGCGGGCCUCGACGUUAUCAGUUAAUCCCCGUGCAAGCUCUCCUUUCGACACUCGCGGGCGGAGGCGGUCAUCGUACGCUGGCCGUGGCCGUGGACAUGCCGUGACUCCUCUUUCUACUAUUCCUCAGGUGUACUUCGAUGACGACUUUCACCUCGAGAAUCCGCGAACGUUCGAUGUGGUAUCAGAGAAGUCUGAAGUUGUUACCCCGCCAAAGUCGCAAAAUGGAACCGCUACCGGGCCGGCACAAACGGGGAGAAAGGCGCUUGCUACAAAUGCGAUAUUGCAAGAAAAGCUUUCUUGGUAUAUGGAUACCGUAGAAAUACACCUGAUCUCGUCAAUCUCAACGGCUUCCAAAUCUUUCUUCACUGCUCUCGGCUCGCUCCGCGAGCUGCAUUCCGAGGCUGCCGAUUCGGUAAAGCGGAUACAGGUGCUGCGGAAGGACCUUCAGAAGAUUGAUCGUGACAUGGCACUCGGCGGCUUGAAAAUCGUGAACCUCCGACGGCGGAGGGAAAACGUUAGACUGUUGGCCGAUGCCGUAUCCCAGCUACGAGAAGUGGUCCAAUCAGUGUCUCGGUGCGAAGAACUGGUCGAGAAUGGGGAUAUUGAAGAGGCUGCGGGUAGUCUUGAAGAGGUGGAGAGGUUGAUGGCUGGAGAGAAUGUUUCCGAUACUCUAAGGGAGGAUUCACAGGAGCAGCCGAGAAACGCCAUUGAUCUUAGGAAGCUCAAAGCUCUUGAGGGUGCGUCCGAUGAUUUGGCCCAGUUAAGAACUCGAAUUGGCAUGGGGUAUGAAACCCGCUUCUUGGAUGAUCUUCUUGGUGAUUUAAGACACCACGUAGAACACGUGCCCCUGGAAGCGACGUUGCAGCGCUGGGGCUCUUCAUUUCAACGGCAACGUGGGGUGCAACGCUCAGGUGCUACCUCUUCUUCUCCCGUCUAUAUGGCAUUUGAUGAUCAGCUGAGGUCGAGACUGCAUACGCAGCUGACUGGACUUGCACGAGCACACCAUACAACUGCGGCAGCAACGUCCUUCAAGACAGCGGUGUUGCGGGAAAUGAAAGGCUUAAUUCGCAAGCACAUGCCUAGCUCGAGUGAUGAUGAUAAUGAGUCUAUGGUGUCUGUCUCCACUCAUCGGUCCUCCCAACUCAGUCAGCAGGAAAAGUCAUCAAUCCUUGCUCGUAACCUCCGUUCUCUGGACGCAGAGGACGCUUAUACUAUGCUCGCCCGCGUAUAUACUGGCAUCAGUGAGUCCUUACGGAGGCUUAGUGUCCAGGUCAAGGUCCUUCUGGAUAUUGCUAGUGGAUUAGGGAACCCUUCGAGCACUGUUUUGAAGUCCUCGAGAAGUCCCAGUUCACCGAAUGUAGACAAUGCGGCGGCGUUCGCAGCGGGCCCACAGAGUGCGGCAACAGCAAUGGCCCAGGAUGAGAUUUUGCAGGUUUUGGAUAUGUCUAGUCUUCUCGGUCAGGCUGUUGAUAUCGCCCAGUCUCAGGUGAACAAGGUUCUGAAAGUUCGGUCCGAGCAAACCUCUCAUUUGCCGAAGGAGCAAUUCCUGAAAUACUUUACCCUAAACCGACUCUUCGCCGACGAGUGCGAGGCAAUCUCCGGUAGAAGUGGUACUGCGCUGAAAAACCUCGUUGGUAAUCAAAUCCGAGACUAUAUCUCACGAUUUGGCGAUAAACAGAGACAUAGUCUUGUUGAGGUUAUGGACUCAGACCGAUGGGAUGCAAGGGAUUUCGGAGAGUCGGAAACCACAAUUCUAAGCCGUAUCCUCGAUGCCAGCACUAAAGACAUUGAGGCCUGGGUAGAUGCCUCGAAGAUUUGGCAGAGUAAAUCUGAAGACAAUGAAUCGGAGAAUGCCAGCAACGGAAAUGGAAAGGACAAGGUGCGAUCUGCGGUGAUUGACGAGCAAAAGUACAUCCUCUCGGAAUCCGCGCUGGCCAUGAUGAGGAGCAUCGAAGAAUUCCUGUUCCUCAUGGCAAAUAUUCCCAGCAUGAUUCAAGAUAUUGCACCUGGCCUUUUGGAGUCGUUGAAACUAUUCAAUUCACGAUCCUCUCAACUGAUCCUUGGUGCGGGAGCUACCCGAAGUGCUGGCUUAAAGAACAUUACCACGAAGCAUCUCGCGUUGUCCUCGCAAGCUCUGAGCUUUAUCAUCGCGCUGGUGCCUUAUAUUCGAGAAUUUGUCCGUCGACACGCACCUUCUAGUUCACUAAUGGGCGAAUUCGACAAAGUGAAGAGGCUGUAUCAGGAACACCAAUCCGGCAUUCACGAGAAGUUGGUCGACAUUAUGAGCUCGCGGUCUUCUAUGCAUGUCAACUCCAUGAAAAAGAUUGAUUGGGACGCUUCGGGGUCUAGCUCGGUCAAUUCGUAUAUGGAGACCCUUGCAAAGGAAACGGGUACACUGCAUCGUGUGCUCAGCAAACAUCUGCCGGACAUGACCGUGUCGAUGAUCAUGGAUCCCGUGUUCAACAGCUACCGGGAACAGUGGACCAAAGCGUUUGACGCGGUGGUCAUUCACACCGACAAUGGAAAGCAAAGAUUACAGCGGGAUGCAGAGUACCUCCAAUCGAAACUGAGCAAAAUCGACGGCUUCGGAGACCUGGGCGAGCGGCUUCUCGAGCUAGCGAAACAAAAGACCCCAACAGCAGAAGCCAAGGAAAAUGGCUCCAACGGGGCCGACCGAAACAGCUCAGAGACCAGCAACGGCGAGAAGAGUCCCCAAGCAUAAACAAUGGUUAUAUAUACGUGGAUGUCUCGACCUUGACGACCACAUAGUAUACAUUCUUCUCGCUUGGAUGUACCUGAGAUACCAUCACAUCUUGUCAAAGGCAAAAAGAAUUGUACAGCGAUUUAGCGACUUUUGGCCACUACUAGCCACUUUUUCAAAUACCUGUUUAUUUUCCCGGAUCGCACGGCAUCCAACAUAUA